AUGUCUUUCUUUUUCUUGGUUGCAGCCAGAAGUAACAUGUCACCAAAGUACAGACUAGAGAGAUGUGAAAAAGUGCGAGGCAUGUGUAAGACCUACUGUGAUGAGGAUGAGUAUGAUUUCGGAUACUGCAUCAAAUGGAGGAACCAGUGCUGCAUAUGA